GAGAUAGCCUAAAUGGAAAUAAGUUCUAAAUAAUUAAUAUGGACGAUAGUGGUAAUAGUGAAUCCUCUAGGGCCGGAGGAAAACCUGUUUGGAGUAGAUCGAAUUCGCAUUCUGUUCGGAGCUUAAUAUUCGACGACCAAAUUGGUGGAUCACCCCCUUUGAGAAAUUCAUUAAAAAACACCUCCAAAAAUGUACAAAGUCUCGAUUCGGGAUAUUCGCCUAGGAGACUACAAAGUUCUUUACAAAAAUCGGAUAAACAGCUUUCUAAUGAUGAUUCGAAACUUGUUAAAAUGAGGAAAUCUCCUCUAGGAAAAUCUGCUCCAUCAUUGUCAGGAAACAUGAAAGAGCUUGGCAUGCCUCGCAGAUCUGGCAGGACUGUGUCGACGGCACACAGACUGAGUCUCGCCGCCAACACAUCUCCAAGAUCUCAUUCACCCAUCUCAGCUAGUCCUAUUGACAGUCCUAGGAUAAAUUCCCCGAACUCACAUUUCGCAUUCAUUGGACCCAAACGUGUUAUGGGAGGCGGUUGCCGAGGUGACGGACGACGCUGGUCGGUUGCAUCACUUCCUUCUUCUGGUUACGGAACCACUCCUGGUAGUUCAAAUUUAUCGUCACAAUGUUCAAGUCAGGAACGUCUUCAUCAGUUACCAAACCUUCCAACAAGCGAUGAAUUAAGACUGCUCAUUCAUCAUUUUUCAAGUAAUGAUAGUAAUUCGGGUUCUACGCCUGUUUCAAAUAAAGACGACUCCGGAGGUUCUUCCGGAAAUGGAAAAAAGUCACCAUUUCAUCGACCGCGUUCACGUAGUUUGAGUAGUCCAAGUAGGACGCUUCACGUCGAUAAUGAGGUUUCAACUAUGAAUACUCUGUACAAGGAGAGAUUUCCAAAAGCAACACAACAAAUGGAGGAACGUCUAGCACAGUUUGUGAACGACCAUAAAUCUGAUAGUACUUCAUUCAUGCAACAAUGUCCAAUUUUACGAUUCGUUCAUCAUCAAGUCCUAGAAGUCGCUAGGGACUGUUUGGACAAAUCGCACGCCAAACUUAUCACUAGCACCUAUUUUUUUGAAAUGCAGGAAAAUUUGGAACGAUUAAUUACUGAGACGAAAGAAAAAUCACCGGAAGCAGCAGUGGAGAUAACUAGUUUAAUACGGAAGCUACUUCUUAUAGUUUCACGCCCAGCGAGGCUAUUAGAAUGUCUUGAAUUUGAUCCGGAGGAAUUUUACCAUCUGCUGGAAGCAGCAGAAGGACAAGUUAAAGAUAUGCAGGGCAUCAAAGCAGACAUUCCCCAAUAUAUAAUCGAAAAACUAGGAUUAAAUCGAGACCCAAUUGAAGAGCUGCAACUAGAUUUGAAAGACAAUAAGUGCGGUGGUAAUGCAAGCCACAGCACAAAUAAAAAUUCUUGUUUCACAUCAACACCAAACAAAAAACAUAAUACUCAAUUAUUCUCGCCGAGCGAGGACGAUUACGAAAUUGUGAAAUUAAUCUCAAAUGGUGCAUAUGGGGCUGUAUAUCUUGUUAAACAUAAGCAAAACAGACAAAGGUUUGCAAUGAAAAUCAACAAAACAAAUUUAGUUCUUCGUAAUAAAGUUGAGCAAGUUUUUGCUGAACGUGAUAUUUUAAGUUUUGCUGAUAAUCCCUUCGUAGUCAGUAUGUACUGCAGCUUCGAGACUAAAAGGCUGUGUCUGGUUAUGGAAUAUGUAGAAGGUGGUGAUUGUGCAUAUUUACAAAAUAUUGGACCAUUUCCGGCAGAUAUGGCAAGGUUUUAUUUUGCGGAGACUGUGCUUGCAGUGGAGUAUUUGCACAGCUAUGGCAUUGUCCAUAGAGACCUAAAACCUGAUAACUUAUUGAUUACUGCCUUAGGACAUAAACUCACAGAUUUUGGUUUAAGUAAAAUGGGUCUAAUGUCGUUGGCAACUAAUUUAUAUGAAGGGUAUAUUGACAGAGAAGCCAGACAAUUUUCAGAUAAGCAAGUGUUUGGUACACCUGAAUAUAUUGCACCUGAAGUUAUAUUAAGGCAGGGCUAUGGGAAACCUGUUGAUUGGUGGUCUAUGGGAAUUAUUUUAUACGAAUUUCUUAUUGGUUGUGUUCCAUUUUUUGGUGAAACACCUGAAGAACUUUUUGCGCAUACAGUUAAUGGUAAAUUUGUAAAGUUCACUGAAAAUUUGUUUUACCUGGGGAUCAGCAAACAGCAUCCUGAUGCUCUCUCUGGUGUAUUAAAAUCUGGAUCAGGCUGGCUGGUGGUAGGCCGGGUUGGUGAUAGCAAUAGUGCAGGCCGGAUCGGUGAUGAUAAUGGUGGAACAGGGAGUUAA